GGCCGGCUCGGGGCUGCGGGACCGGCACCGCCGCUGCAGCGAUCGCCGGUGGAGCGGGAGCCGGCGCUGCCCGGCAUCGCUGCGAGCCCGCUGCUGCUGCCGCCCGGCGGGGCCGAGGUGCUGGAUAUGGACACAGAGGAUGACCCAUUGUUACAGGAUGCCUGGCUAGAGGAGGAAGAUGAAGAGGUGGCCUUCAGCUCCCGGAAGAGGCGAGAGGGUGCUCUGUUGUGUGGGAAAAGCCCGUGCAGAGUCAGGCCCCUGUGUGUCACACUGCCCAUGUCUGGCUUCUGGAAUAUUGUUGGCUGGGUGUUCACCAACCCGUACUGUGCUGGCUUCAUACUUUUCCUGGGCUGUGCCAUCCCUGCUGUGCUGGCUGUUGUCAUGUUCCUCCACUACCCUGCCCUGGAUAUUGACAUCUCCUACAACGCUUUCGAGAUCCGCAACCACGAGUCCUCGCAGCGCUUCGAUGCCCUCGCCUUGGCCCUCAAAUCCCAGUUUGGCUCCUGGGGGAGGAACCGCCGGGACCUGGCUGACUUUACCUCGGAAACCCUGCAGAGGCUCAUCUUCGAGCAGCUCCAGCAGCUCCACCUCAACGCUUCCCAGCUCGGGGUCAGCGCGCGCGUCAGGCGCAGCCCCGCGGAGGGCAGGGCCAGCUCCCUGCAGCCCCAGCCCCAGCCCAGCCCAGCAAACCAGACCUCCCGAGUCGGGAGGAGAUCCCCACGCUGGGACUACUCCAGCACUUACAUCAGUGCUAACACACAGACACAUGCUCACUGGCGCAUUGAGCUCAUUUUUCUGGCUCGGGGGGACUCUGAGAACAACAUCUUCACCACGGAGCGCCUGGUCACCAUCCAUGAGGUCGAGCGCAAGAUCAUGGACCACCCUCGCUUCCGUGAAUUCUGCUGGAAGCCCCACGAGGUCUUGAAGGACCUGCCCCUGGGUUCUUACUCCUACUGCUCCCCUCCCAGCUCCCUCAUGACCUACUUCUUCCCCACUGAGAGAGGAGGGAAGAUUUACUAUGAUGGCAUGGGACAAGACCUUGCUGACAUCCAAGGAUCCCUGGAGCUGGCCAUGACCCACCCCGAAUUCUACUGGUACGUGGAUGAGGGCUUGUCUGCUGAGAACAUGAAGAGCUCCCUGCUGCGGAGCGAGAUCCUCUUCGGGGCCCCACUGCCCAACUACUACUCGGUGGAGGAUCGCUGGGAGGAGCAGCGCCGCAAGUUCCAGAACUUCGUCAUCACCUACGUGGCCAUGCUGGCCAAGCAGUCCACGAGCAAAGUCCAGGUGCUGUAUGGAGGAACAGAUUUGUUUGACUAUGAAGUGAGGAGGACUUUCAACAAUGACAUGUUGCUGGCCUUCAUCAGCAGCAGCUGCAUAGCUGUCUUGGUCUACGUCCUCACCUCCUGCUCAGUGUUUCUGUCAUUCUUUGGCAUUGCCAGCAUUGGGCUGAGCUGCCUGGUGGCUCUGUUCCUGUACCAUGUCGUGUUUGGGAUCCAGUAUCUGGGUAUACUCAAUGGUGUGGCUGCCUUUGUCAUCGUGGGGAUUGGAGUUGAUGAUGUCUUUGUUUUCAUCAACACCUACCGCCAAGCCACCCACCUCAAGGACCUGCGGCUGCGCAUGAUCCACACGGUCCAGACAGCAGGGAAAGCCACCUUCUUCACCUCCCUGACCACAGCUGCAGCAUAUGCUGCCAACAUCUUCUCUCAGAUCCCAGCUGUGCAUGACUUUGGACUCUUCAUGUCACUGAUUGUGUCCUGCUGCUGGGUAGCUGUGCUCUUCACCAUGCCAGCUGCUCUUGGAAUAUGGACCCUUUAUGUGUCCCCAUUAGAGAGCUCCUGCCAAGCCAGCUGCAGUCAGAAGUGCACCAAAAAGAGUGCCUUGCACCUGGCUGAGGAUCUCUUCAUUGCCUCAGCAGCCACCUCCAGAGCAGGCAGAGAGACCCUUCCCUACCUUGAUGAUGACAUCCCACUGCUCAGCGUGGAGGAGGAGCCAGUCUCCCUGGAAAUGGGGGAUGUCCCCUUGGUGUCUGUGAUGCCAGAAAAUCUGCAGCUCUCUGCAGAGAAGAGCAGCCAGGGUCACUUGAUAACUCAUCUGCAAGAGCUGCUGGAGCACUGGGUGCUGUGGUCUGCAGUGAAGAGCAGAUGGGUGAUUGUGGGGCUGUUUCUCCUGGUUUUGCUCCUGUCCAUAUUCUUUGCCAGCCGCCUCCAUCCAGCCAGCCGUGCUCCAGUCUUGUUCCGGCCAGACACAAACAUCCAGGUGCUACUGGAUCUGAAAUACAACCUGAGUGCUGAAGGGAUCUCCUGCAUCACCUGCUCAGGUUUGUUUCAGGAAAAGCCCCACAGUUUGCAGAACAACAUCCGAACUUCCCUGGAAAAAAAGAAGAGGGGCUCAGGUUCACCUUGGGGAAGCAAAGGCAGCAUGAGUGAUGAAGGGCAGCAAGAGCUCCAGGGGACUGUGUAUAUCUCCAAGUCCAGGAGCAAGGGAAGACCAGCUAUCUACAGAUUCUCACUCAAUGCCAGUGUCCCUGCGCCCUGGCAGAUGGUGUCACCGGGAGACGGGGAGGUGCCUUCAUUCCAGGUGUAUAGAGUGCCUUUCGGUAACUUCACCAGGAAGCUGACAGCUUGUGUGUCCACAGUAGGGCUGCUUAAGCAGAUGAGCCCCAGGAAGUGGAUGAUGACCACCUUGUCCUGUGACACCAAGAAGGGCUGGAAGUUCGAUUUCAGUUUCUACGUGGCCUCCAAGGAGCAGCAGCGAACACGGAAACUGUAUUUUGCCCAGUCUCACAAGCCCCCUUACCACGGCCGAGUGUGUGUGGCACCUCCGGGCUGUCUGCUCAGCUCUAGCCCAGAUGGACCCACCAAAGGCAUCCUCUAUGUCCCCAGUGAAAGAGCACCCAGAGCGAAGCUGUCAGCCACAUCUGGAUUCAAUCCCUGCAUGAACACGGGCUGUGGGAAGCCAGCGGUGCGGCCGCUGGUGGACACGGGAGCCAUGGUGUUUGUGGUGUUUGGGAUCAGGGGCGUCAACCGCACCCGGCGCCAGGACAACCACGUCCUCGGAGACAUGGGCAGUGUUAUCUACGAUGACAGCUUUGACCUCUUCAAAGAGAUUGGCAACCUGUGCCGCCUCUGCAAAGCCAUUGCCAGCAACUCUGAGCUGGUGAAGCCCGGAGGGGCUCAGUGCCUGCCCUCGGGUUACAGCAUCUCCUCCUUUCUGCAGAUGUUGCACCCGGAGUGCAAGAACAUCCCUGAGCCAAACCUGCUGCCUGGACAGCUCUCUCAUGGGGCAGUGGGGGUGAAGGAUGGCAAGGUGCAGUGGAUCUCCAUGGCUUUUGAAUCGACAACCUACAAGGGGAAAUCAUCCUUCCAGACAUAUGCUGACUAUCUGAAAUGGGAGACAUUCCUGCAGCAGCAACUCCAGCUCUUCCCAGAGGGCUCUGCUCUCCGACAUGGUUUCCAGACCUGUGAGCACUGGAAGCAGAUUUUCAUGGAGAUUAUAGGAGUGCAGAGUGCCCUGUAUGGUCUUGUCCUCUCGCUGGUCAUCUGUGUGGCUGCUGUGGCAGUGUUCACCACACACAUCCUCCUCCUGCUGCCAGUGCUGCUCAGCAUCUUAGGGGUUGUCUGCCUCGUGGUGACCAUCAUGUACUGGUGUGGCUGGGAGAUGGGAGCUGUGGAAGCCAUUUCCCUCUCCAUCCUCGUUGGCUCCUCUGUUGAUUACUGCGUGCACCUGGUGGAGGGCUACCUGCUGGCAGGGGAGAACCUGCCUCUCCACCAGGCAGAGGACCCCACGGCGUGCCGGCAGUGGCGGACGAUGGAAGCAGUCCGGCACGUGGGUGUGGCCAUCGUCUCCAGUGCCACCACCACCCUGAUUGCCACCGUCCCACUGUUCUUCUGCAUCAUUGCCCCCUUUGCCAAGUUUGGGAAGAUCGUGGCCCUCAACACGGGAGUGUCCAUCCUGUACACGCUGACUGUGAGCACAGCCCUGCUGAGCACCAUGGCGCCCGGCACCUUCACCCGCAGCAGCACCUCCUGCCUCAAGGCUCUGCUGGCCGUGCUCCUGGCUGGCCUGCUGGCUCUCUGCAUCUGCCUUGCCCUGCUCAAGAGUGGAUUUAAGAUCCCCCUCCCCAAUGGGACGGCCCUGUAGACCCAAUGGGACGGCCCUCUAGACCCCAGGCCAAGAGAGCCAAGUUGCUCCUUUUCUUUUUUCUUUUCUUUUUAAAGAAUAUUUUUUGUAAGGAAAAAAAAGAGGAAAAAAAAAAGUCCCUUUUUUCAUGAAGUUUUCCAAUUCCAGAUGCACUUUAUUUUCUAAUGAGUUUUGCUCUAAACUUGUAUUUAUUUUAGGUAGUGAUGGAUGGAUGGUGGAAAGUGAGGGCUGCCCAGGGAAUACCUCAGCCCGUGAAUAGGAGAGGAGGAGGUUUCCUUCUCUCAGUUUUCUUUCUGCUUUCUUUUUUUCUUUUCUUGUUCUUUUAAUUUACUUUUAACAGGGUUUUCUGGACCCACAAGACUAAAACGGGAGAAUUUGGGAAGGUCAUCUGAUCCCUUCAAAAACCCUUCCCUCUGUCCUUCCCUCCCUUGUCCAGGGUCAGAAUUGCAAGGAUGACUCUUAGGUGAUGUCCUGCCCUCACACCAAGCCUGUGCCUCCUUACUUGAGCCUUCAAGAACAGCAGUGAGCUGUUGGACAGGCCUGGGAGCAGCAUUGUUGGAUCCCUUUGCCAGGCCCUGUACCCAUGCCAGACCAGCAGUGAACUUGCUGCACAGGAGCUCUCUUGAGUGUCACUUUGGGAUCCAAACCAGAGCUGUUGGGUGCCACCACCUGCAGUGGACCUGCUUUCACGAUUCAGAGAGGGUGCUGGGACACAAAGCAUUCCCCUUCCUUCUGGGGGGACAGUGCACUUUGCACUGGGAUCUCAUGUGUCUGUCAGCAGCCAUCAGGAAGCAGAUGGUGCCCUCAGCAGCCUGCCCUCCUCUCCCUCAUCUCAGUAGUGAGGUCAAGGCAGUUUCAAUGCCCAGUGCCCCCAUGUCACCUCACCAGCCACUGAUCUGCUCUUCCUGGUGGAGAGAAAAGAGAGCCCUGAUGUCCCUGCAGAGCUCUUUGGUCACAGCAGUCAGCUCUUGGCCUGAGGACAAGGUGACCCCUGGGGCCAGGUAGAGCCCAUUCCUGGUGGUUUGCACAGCAUCCUCUGUGGCAGCUCACAGACACCCUCCUUAGUGGAGACCCAAGGGCACCAGAGCUGCAGCUGCUGUCUGCUCUGAGCAGAUGGUUGAUAUUAAAGUAAAAUGAAAUCACAAACUGGUGCCAUUAACAAGUACAUUUUAAGCAUCACUGGUUCUGUUGUAUUUUUAAAAUUGAAAUAGCUAAGUGUGCAUUAAUAUACAGCACAUCUGAUCCUUGGCAGAAGGGGAGGGUCAGGCCCACUGGGAGAUGCAUUAGUCUUUAUUUACAAGGGUGCUGACAGAAUAAUGUGGCCAGGAAGCAGCCUGACUCAAUUUCUUUGCAGAUUUCAUGUCCUGAUGACUUUGUGUUCUCUGUCUGGAUCAACCCCUCUUUUUUAAGAUGAGACUUCCAGGAAGUCCAGCCCCACUGCCAGCCAGUUUGUGGGGCCUGCACUGCUGAGAGACUGAGCUGCCUCUGCUUGGCUCAGGGCAUCCCUGCUUUGAUCCCUGCCAGUCUUGCACCUUCACAUUGUGUCAUCCCUGUGAAACUGGAUCACAUACUUGGUUCUAAAGUCAGUUCCCCAAGGUGUCCCCAAGGUUCCCCAAGCUGGAGAGAGGAAUUCUUACUGUUUCCAGGUGGACUCCAGAGUAAUCUGCUCCAGGCAGUGAGGGUCAUGAGAACGUGAGUAGCCUGGUUUCUCCUUGAUAUCCCAUGGCACUUCUGAGUUACCCCUUCCUGCAAAGUGUGAAAUGUUUUCUUGGCACCUACCUCUAAUUUGCACCAGCUCCUUCAUAAUGAACCCUGUGCCCAUGAAUAAAUGGUUCUGUAUUGCAUUUGCUGGGAAUGCCCCAACAAAGGCAGGAAUGAUGAAUCUGACUCCAUGCUCUCAGAAGGCUGAUUUAUUAUUUUAUGGUACUAUGUUAUAUUAAAGAUUACUAUAUUAUAUUAAAGAAUGCAGAAAGGAUACUUACAGAAGGCUAAAAAGAUAAUAAUGAAAACUCCUGACUCUUUCCAGAGCCCUGACACAGCUUGGCCCUGAUUGGCCAAAGAGUGAAAACAACUCCCAGCAGAAUCCAAUGGAACAAUCACCUGUGGGUGAACAAUCUCCAAACACAUUCCACAUGUGAGCACAGCACAGGAGAAGCAAAUGAGAUAAGAAUUGUUUUCCCUGAGGCCUCUCAGCUUCCCAGGAGAAAAUCCCUGGGUGAAGGGAUUUUUCAGAGAAUGUGAAUGCCACAAUUCUGGAAAGGAUUUUUGGCUAUCCUCAAGCUGUGCUGCUCUGAUGGCUGCUGGGCUCAGUUGAGCCCCAUCCUUAUCUGUAAGCCAUGCUGUUCCCUAUGUCAGUGCUCCAGAUUUAACUCCUGGUGGUGCCCUGAGCACUCCUAAGUGGCAGUGACUGGAGAGAGCAAGAGUGCUUAUGAUACACAUAGAGCCCCAUGGCACCUGUGUGGCUGUGCAGGUGCUGCAGGGGAUGGCAAGGUACCCCUAGCACUGUGGCCAAGGAUUCUCUGGCCUGUAGCUUGACUUGAACUUGGCAAACACCUCAGACCUCUUCUGGGUGAUUAAAGCUGAUGGAUAUUCCCAGGUCAGCAGACAAGAGUAAGGUACUGAGGGCACCCUUAGAGGAAGUUCCUCCUUCUAUAAGUAUGAAGAAACCUUCAAAGGCCUUUAAGAAAAGGCACAGAUGUGCUUUGAAUCCUGUGAAGUUGAAAGGCUAGGCAAGCCCCUGGUAUCCUGUGUCUGUGCUCUCUCUAAAGAGGCUUCAUAAACGCCCCACCUCCAGUGUGAUUGUGGACAUGCCGUGCUGGGAACAUCCAUUCAGCCACUGUGGGGAAGCAAAGAUUGAUUUUAAAGUAGAGAGAAACCUUGUGUGUUUCUUGGCUCUGAUCUGGCAAUGUCUCUGAUCUGCAGACAAAAAUAACAAGAGUUCUUGGCCCCUGACAGGACCCAUCCUGUACUCUGAAGCAGGCAGGGAAAAGGACAAGCUCUCAUUGUCUCUCCUCCCCUCCAGCCAGCCCAGGCUCCCUCUGUGCAGAGGGACUGGUGGGCACUAGCAGGAACAGGGCAUCACCUUGGCUUUUGUUGCCCAAAGUGAUACUGGGAAUGCAGUGGCUGGAACGAUUCAGAAGGAACAGGGGAGACCAAGAUCAGUGCAAAUCAUUCACAAAGGCCUGCUGAGGAGAUUGUGCCCCUCCAGGAGGGAAACUGAGGCAAGGAGAGGAGGAGGAACUUACACCAGAUGUAGCAGGAUGGCAGAAGAGCCAGUAGAGGAUGCCAGGUGAUCUGUGCUGCAAGGACUCACUGGAUGUUGUAACCUGAGCCCCUGAUUAAACACAGUCAUGGCAUUGUCUUGAGAUCUAACUAGACUUUUGCCCCAUCACUGCCUCACCCUGCACAGCUCUGUGCUCAGGGUUGCUGGUGCUUUCUCCACAUGCAGUGGAGUGACAGAGGCUUAAAAUUAGAGCCCAGCCUUCUGCCAAACACUUAAAACAUCCUGAUCUCCCCAGGCAGCUGUGGAGACAGCAAAUGAGUAGCAGAUGUAUACAUGUCAUCCUUGUGAUUGCAGAGUACUCAUGUAAAUUAUAGAGGUAAGAAGAGGGAUGGCUUUAUCUGAGCAAUGUGGAGGUGUAGCUGACAGCCCUGCUGGGAAUUGCUGCUCCAAGGCAGGUGCUCAUAGCAAUAAAAAGCAAGGCUUCACCUAUUUCAGGAGCAGAUGUUCACCUGAAAAGAUUCCUCCCACAUCUUUGCCUAUCUUCUUUCCCUGCCGACUCCUCUGUUUCACAGGCCAUCUCCUGGACCCUGUUGUCUUGCUAAACAAGGUUCAGCCUUCUCCAUGGUAGGUGUUCCUGCCUAAGGUGCUCACAGAGUCUGGACUGAAAGUGGCUGCAAAAGUCUUGAGAGUUUCCUUAGGCAGAGGAAGCUAGGGAGUCAAACAGCUUCACACAAAGCUUUCAGUUUUGAUGUUUCUAAACAGAAAGAUCAGCCUUACUUGAAAGAAAAUGGUCUGAUUUUCCAUUUCAAAAUGAUCUUUGUGCAAUUAAAAAGCAUACAGGAAUUUCCAGUGAGCACAUGGCAAUGGAAUGUGCCUAUUAACUGCCCACCCCUUUAUUUCUAGUAAAUCCUGGUUUGAGGCUUACCCUCUGAAAAGUUAGGUUAGUUUUCCAGGAGGGGGUCAUUCUGGAACCAUGCCAUCUCCUACCAAACAGAGUGGGUCUUGUCCUGCCCAGAAGUUCUCUCCCUUCCAGUGCAGGGCAGUAGCAGCAGGACACUUGGUGCUGAAGCUCUGAGAUUGAUGCACAGAGCUGGUGUGACUGCUCUCUGCCUUCAGUGAGCUGCAGAGUGAGUCCAGGGCUCCCCAUCACUGUGGACACUCAGAGAGAGAGCCCCUGCUCACCACAGCCCUGUCCACAUCAGCUCUGGUCAGGAGGAACAGAGUUGAUGUGCUGUGCAGAGAUCAGCAUCAGAGGAAGGAAAAGAUCCAUGAUUCCUUGCUCUCUUUGUUUCUUUAUGUUGUGGUGCCUCUUGAGGUGCUGGGUUUGGGCAGCUGGGGCAUCAGAUUUGGCUGCUGACCCCAGCAGUGGCCAAGGCUGCACGUUCUGAAAGGAGUCCCUGGCUGAGCUGGACUGUGUUCCUCAAAUCCUGCUGGAUCUGAAAAUAUGCCAAAGCAAAGGUGGCCUGAGAAAUAUCCCCAAGGAGAAGGACAUGUUGACACUUGGAGAGCUACUGGGACCAUUGGUACAGUGGUCUGGAGGCAGUGGUCUCCAGAGACCCUGGCUUUGCCUGCACUGGAGCAGACUGGGAUGUUGCAGUGUCUGAGUCUUUUAGCUUGUCCUGCACAGAAUUUCUGCAGCAGAGCUGCCUGCCCUUCUGGAAGGUUAGAAAAGGCUUUUUGUUUAACCCCAUGGCACAAAGAUAUCCUCCCACACUGUCCACCAAGGAAGCUGUGCAGACUGAUUUGCAGCCAGGCAGAACAAAUUCAGUGUCUUGGUUACUUCUUCCAAAAUCACUCCUCACCCCAGAUAGUGUGCAAGCCAUAGUUCACAGAUAUUUCAAAGGCUUCUGCUAGCUACUCUGCCCUGGGUUAGUGCCCAGGCUCCCAGAGCUGGACAGCUUUCAAUGCCAGUCUCCACCCUGAGGGCAGAUGUCUUUGGCUUUUUCUUCUCUGCUCCUCCUUUGGGCAGUUGCUGAGGGGAGGUGGGGGCAGUGGCCAUGGCUGGAGGCAGAGCAACAAGCAGAUGGGCAGAAAGGUUUGGAGGCAGAAGCAGAACAAAUGGGAGGGAGGAUGGUUCAAAGUGCAAGGGGGAAGAGGGGUGAGCACCCCAGGGACAGUGGGAGGGAGGGCAAUGCCAUUCCACCACGCUGUGUGCAGACCUUAGAGUGUCAGUUCUCAGAGUGAUGUAGCACAAUUCCUUAUGUAUGCGUGUCACUUUUGUAAGUCGUCUCCUACCCCCACUAUUUUCAGUGUUCCUUGAUUUUUGGAGACUGUUGUAAAUAAAAAGAUUUUGACAUUCGCA